AUGGACAUGGUACGGAAGCAUUGUGUGGAGGGAACAGGCAAUUACGAUACUGCAAAAGCUUGUGUUGAUCGAACCCACCAAAUGAUCAGAAUGUUCAAAGAAGCCACCUACAACUUUGUACCACCUAAAGACAACAUUGACAAAGUACCACUUGGUGCUUCUUCUGCAUCCAUGUAUCCAGGGUAUUCUCCUGCAGACCAUAUCUAUGGUGAAGCUGCCCAGGAGUACGGUGAGCGUGCUGCGGAGCUUAAGCGCAAAGGCGUCGAUUUGCAGCUUGAUCCCAACGGACCACAGUAUGUGGUCGGACAGAACAAGAAACCACGACUACUAAGUCAGGAACCUGAGACCCUGGCUGGUUCCGUCUCUUCCACAAGCGCACCUAGCAUGAGAAGCCAAGGCCAAGGAGGCGAGCCGAUGGAAGGAGUCGAGCUGUCCACAGGCGAGCCGCAGUACUUCGUGAUCGAUUCGAAACCGAGUGUGGUGGCAGAUCUUGGCGAGAUGCAGAAGCAGAAGAAUAAAGCCAAUGACAAAGCUAAACGACGAGUUUCGUUCAAGGAGGAGCAGGAGGGUGAGGCGGCCAGCAACAACAGCUUUGAGCCACGGAAGCAUAAGAAGGCGAAGAUGAUCACCAGUGAGACUCCUGCUGCCGUCAUACCCGAACCAGCAGUGCAAGAGGAAGAUAUUUCUGCAGAGGUAGAGGCUCGUCUGAAGGCAAAAGAGGAGAAACGGAAGCGCAAGGAGGAAAAGAAGCGAAAGCGGUAUAGUGGAGAUUCAUCGGAGAUCGCGCAAGGCGAGACUCCUACAAUACCGGCAGGUGCGCCUGACGGAACAUCAUCAACGUCAAUCGAGAAGCCUAAGAAGAAAAUGCGCAAAUUAGACCAGAGUGAGCAAACUGAUACGGCAGAGCUAUCAAUCAAGGCCGAUGCUGAGAAAGAAUCCAAGAAAGACAAGAAGAAAAAGAAGCAAAAGGCUACUAUAAAUGGAGAAGAUUGUGCAGGCCUUGCGGAAACUGAGAAUGUGAAGCCCAGGAAAAAGAAGAAGGAUACAACCACUUCGGGCUAG